UUAUAGUGUUUGUACGCCACACAGUCAUAGACGCAAAUAAUUCCCGUUUCGUCCGACCGACCGAUUUUCACCGCGGACGAUCUACGGUGAUUAAAAAAUAGUGAUUCCACUUUAUUGGGAACAGUAAUUGUUGUGUAUUGACGUCGCAUAGUGCGCCUCGGCGGUACUAUAAAAAGAGAAAAAUAGGUAAUAAACCAAAUAAAAUAAUAUCGUUUGGCUUAGUACCUUCCGCCACCGCUAAAAGAUUUGAAUAAUAUCGUCGAUAGACUCGCGGGUACCUAAUUGUUGUUAUCAUCAUUAUUUUUAUCGGGGCGUGUGUUCAUCGGUGGAGUCAUGGCGUUUAGAUGAGAGGUCCACAAACUCCGUUUAAUUUGCCGUUACUGAACAUGGACGACGGGUCGUAUAAAAUCGGUAAACAGGGCCAACAGCAACUGCAACCAAGUGGUGGUGGUUUCAUGCAAAAGGGUGACAACGGCGAUGGUGGCGUCAAUAACAAAGUGAAAUAUACUAUGCCCGGUGUGUUGCAUUUCAUACAACACGAAUGGUCGAACUUCGAGUUGGAGAGAUCUCAUUGGGAAAUCGACAAAGCCGAAUUGCAGGUCAGUCAAGACAUUUGUAUCUUACAGACACGUCUACCGUAAUAUAAUUAUUGUUGUGCCUGGUACUUACCUAGUUUUGGAUGAAAUGAAGUUAAACUAAAUUUGGCAGAAUAUUUGUAUACAUGUUCUUGUACAAUGGAAUUUUACGUCUUAGAUAUAAGUACUUGUCUAUAUAAUGUAAUAUAUACAGAUCAAAUCUUCCUGUUUUUAGCAAGCAGACAAAAUCUCCCCAAAAAUGAUUAUUUGAUUAGUUAUUUGAAAUUGUAUACAUAAAUAAUAGAGGUAUAUGUUAUGUAUUAGUGCAUACACAUUUUUGUGUGCUUUGUAGUUUAUAGAUAGGUACAUACCUAUACAGGUACAGAUGGGUUUAUACCCCUGGUUCUAUUAAAUCAACUAAAUUUUGACUUGGUACCUAUUCAAUUAUUUAUUUAAUAAGUAAUUAUCUCGUAAUAAUUUAAAAUUAGGUACUUACUUGCCUAUUUUAAAUAUGACUGUUUAUUUAACUUACCCCAUAAUAAUUGCACCUAAAUUUAGUAUCUAGUAAUUUAUUAUCUAUAAAUUGAUACCUUAUUCACAUUAACUCUUAAUUUAAUUUUAAUAUUACCAAUGUGGGAUUAACCUAUCAAAGAUAAAUCACUUUAUAGUUAGGUAUUUGAAUAUAGCAAACAUGAAAAUGCUCAAAUAGAUGAGUUGACUCACUGGAACAUAAAGAGAAUAUAGUGUGGAUUAUUUUAGAAAUGGCAAUAGCAUAGCAUUAUUUCGAUACCUAGGAGAUAAAUGAAAUGAAAGAUGAGACUGUACUAUUGGUUUUGCAAAUGGGUGUUGAAGGAAUGAGGAGAAGAGGAAAGCCGGAAAGGUUAGAUACAAUUUGAGAAUGACAUGAUGAGGACUAUUAAGAUGUGCACAGAUGAUUUAGGAAACUUUAGUCAGGUACAGAUUUUGGAUCAGAGUGGCAGACAUCAAAUAUUUGUUUACAAUAUUUACAUUUAGUAAUAGUUAUUAUUUCUCUACCUAUCUUGUUAUUAAUAUUAUUAUUUUUAUUAACACUCUUCUUACACUCGUAUAAUCAACUCCAACAAUUAAUAGUUCUUUUUAGGUGUAAUAAUAAGUAUAUAUAUUAAAAACUUAAGAUUAUUUGAAAAAUUAUAUAUUUGUUUAACUCUAUUGACUUGUAGUGAUAAUACAUGUCGGUAUAAUUAGUAUAAAAAUUAAAAAUAUGUUAAUUUUUUUAAAUUGAUUUGUUGUUUAGUCAAGAAUAGCAUUCCUUCAAGGUGAAAGAAAAGGACAAGAAAAUCUGAAAAAUGAUUUAGUUCGUCGAAUUCAAAUGUUAGAAUAUGCGCUUAGGGCUGAAAGGUAACAAUAUUACUUAUUAAUGAACUAUUAAUAUAGUCUGUACCAUCUCAACAGGGAAAUAAUUGUUUUAUAUUAUCUUAAUAAACUGACAUGACUUCCUACUGGGUUUUUUUUAUAUUAAAGUAUAAAUAACUAGUUAAAAAAUAUUAGUUUCAAACCAUUAUUUUUUUUUUUUUAUUAGGAUAUUGUUUUAUUAGUGUGCACUUCCUUUGUAUAAUAUUGUUGUUACUUAUAACAAAUCUAUUUUAUUCAUAUUUCAAAUAAAUUCUGGUUUUAGCAUAAGAUACACAUAUGUUUUACAAUAAUAUGGUUUAAUUAUUACCCCCUAAAAGAUUUAAAUUUUGCUUAUUAGAUAGAUAAUUAGAAUGAUUAAAUAUUUUUUUGUACAAUUUUUAGAGCAAAAUAUUAUAAAUUAAAAUAUGGUACAGAAAUGCCUCCUACUGAAAUGCAAUUACCUUCUUCGAGUGCUCAAGAAGAAUAUCCCGCUUUACCAGAAGCCAGUGCUGAUAGUGAAGCUCCAUUAUCAUCGGUUUCAAAUGUCAGUUGGAAACAAGGCCGACAACUUCUUAGAGAGUGAGUUGAUUAUUAAUUUUAAAGUUCAUAUUAUAUUUUUGUUGGUAUAUAAUUUAUAUUCUGCAGGUACCUUCAUGAAAUAGGAUAUACAGAUACAAUAAUUGAUGUUCGAUCAUCACGUGUUCGUAACCUUCUAGGUAUAAAUAAUAAUAAUAAUCUGAAUGUAGACCAAGGGCAAGGUGAGAAUCAGUUGAAUGGUAAUAACUACAAUAAACGUUUUAGUGACAAUCAAGGACAGUGUUCGCCUACCAAACGAGUAAGUAAUCCUUAAAAACAAGAAUAUUUUAAAUAUUGUGAGAAGAUAGUGGAGGAAAUCAGUGAAACACAUGCCCUAGGUAGCUCAGUAGUUCAAUUUCUGGCCCUGUGAUGUGUUUUUACACUGAUUUUCCUAAUGUUUACAAUAUUUAGGAAAUUAUUAUUUCUUAGACACAACAGCAGCAACAAAACCAAAAGAAAUUACUGGAUGUGGAGUCUGCUGUUAUGGCUAACUUUGAAUUUUUACAAACAAUGCGCAGUACAAGUGAUUCUGGUGAUGUAGACAUGGAUGAUGAUGGAAAUGAUGAUGAUGACGAUGAUGACGAUGAUGAUGAAAUGGGAAUGGCUGAUGAUGUCAUUGAUAUGACAUCUAUUUGUAAAGUAUGUUGAUGAGAUAACAUUUUUGUUUCACAUAAAUAUGAUUGUUAAAAUUAAAUAUUAUUAUUUGUGUAGUUUGGUCCUGAUGAUGUAGAUGCUGAGGCUGAAGAAGUCGUGAAUGAGCUACAAUUAUUAACAGAAGAUAUUAGUAACAAAGAAAAUGAACAAAAUGACUGGAGUAUAUAAUUAUUUUAAAAUUAUUGUAUUUAUCAGUAACUAAUUUUUAUUUUAUUUUUCAGAAAUUUCGAAUAGGGAUGUGUUCAAUAAAAAUUCAAACAAUGCAAAUUGGAUAAAAAAUGAACCAGUUGAAAUGGUUGAUGGUAAUAUUGAUUUAGCUUUAGGGUUAGGAGAAUUAGCCCAACUUACUGUUAAUAAUGAAUCCGAGAGUAAUGUAGAUGUGAGUUAAUUUGUCAUUAAUUUGAUUUGUUUUUAUUUUUAUUUAUUAAAAAUUGUUUUUCUUUAGAUGGUUGACAUGAAAACUGCAUCAAGAAAAACAUGGAAUGCUAAGUACACUUUACGUAGUCAUUUUGAUGGUGUCCGUGCUUUAGCUUUUCAUCCUACUGAAUCAAUUUUAAUAACAGCGAGUGAAGAUCACACUAUGAAACUUUGGAAUUUGCAAAAAACUGUUGCUCCAAAAAAGUACUUCAAAAUUAGAGUUUUAUUUGAUUUCUGAAUAAUGUUAACUUUAAUUAUUAAUGUUCAAUUAAAAUUACAUGUGAUUUGUAGAUCUGCAUCUUUGGACGUAGAACCAUUAUAUACAUUUAGAAGCCAUACUGGACCUGUAUUUUGUUUAGCAGUCAGUAAAAAUGGUGAAUACUGUUAUAGUGGAGGAUUGGAUAAUGUGAUCAAAGUCUGGGCAAUGCCUUCAGCUAACAUUGAUCCUUAUGAUUCUUAUGGUAAUUUUAUUAAAUAUUAAUAAAAUAAACUUGCUAUAAAUAAUACUUAAUUCAUAAUUUUUUCAUUUGUGCAGAUAAAAAUAUUCUAAUGAACAACCUGGAAGGUCAUCAAGAUGCUGUUUGGGGUAUUUCUGUCCAUGAGAGUCGUUCAGAGUUGUUAUCAUGUUCAGCUGAUGGUUCAGUAAAACUCUGGUCACCAAUCAAUCUUAAAACACCAUGUUUAUCAUCUUACGUUUCUGAUCAAGGUAUAUUUGUUAACUUUUACCUAUUUUGUUUAUGUGAAGUAUAUACUGAUAUACUACUAAUAUAUUUUAAUAUAUAUAUUAUAAAUUACGUAAUUUUUAUUUAGAUGAAAUUCCUACUUCAGUUGAUUAUGUCAGAGAUGUAGAAGGUCAAUUUGUAGCAUCUUAUAAUUCAUCUCAUUGUGUCAUUUAUGAUAUUGAAACCAAGAGUCCUAUAACUCGAUUAGAAUGCUCAAAGGUUAAUAUUUACAGUUUGCUUUGUAAUGAAAAUUAUAUAUAAAAAAAAAAAUGUUAUUCUUAUAGGAUCCAGCUGAAAUGGCAACUCAGCUGAUCCAUCGGGUAAAAUGUCACCCAACAUUGCCUUUAACAAUAACAGCACAUGAUGAUCAUCACAUUCGUUUCUUUGACAACAACUCAGGCAAAAUGGUUCAUUCUAUGGUUGCCCAUUUAGAUGCUGUAACUAGUUUAGCAGUUGAUCCUCAUGGUUUAUAUUUAUUAUCAGGAAGUAAGAAACAAGUUAUAUUUAAAUAAUCUACAGGUAAAAUAUCAGUAUCUAAUUUUUUUUUUAAUAGGCCACGAUUCAUCCAUCAGAAUAUGGAAUUUAGAUAGUAAAACUUGUGUACAAGAAAUCACUGCGCACCGAAAAAAACUAGAUGAAUCUAUACUAGAUGUUGCAUUUCAUCCAUCCGAGGCAUAUAUCGCCAGUGCUGGGGCUGACAGCCUAGUCAAAGUAUUUGUAUAGGUACAAUUAAAUUUAUAAUAAUAACAUAUUAGUAGGACACUUAGUUAAAUUUAUCUUAGUGUCUUUUCUUUGACCAAUUUCCGAUCAAAUCCAUCAUUGUAGUGUCUUUGCAGUAAUCAUGAUUUAAUUAAAAUAUUAUUUUGUUCUAUUAUAUAUAUUUUAUUUUUUUUUGAAAUCAAUAAUUUAAAAUGAAAAAUAUUGUAUGUAACUUAUUAAGUUUCUGUGAUUUUAAUUUUUAGUAAAAUUAUAGUUUUAAGGUUUCUAUGUAUUAUAUUUUUUAUGAUUGAAUUCCCAUUAUUCAUAAUCAGUAAUUAUAUAUUUGAAUCCCUUUUCAUUUUUAGUUUAUUUUGGUUUUUUUGUUAGAACAUUGAUUUGUCUUCAAUUUGUUUUUCUCAGUUUUCAAUUUGGUCAAAAUAUAAAUUUUACUCUGUUCUAAUCUUCUAUAAAAUUGUAGAUUAUAUUAAACAAACAAUUUAAACUACAACCAGUUUCUCUUGAAAUUUUUAAAUGUAUGAGUUUUAAUAGAUAAUUACUCCGUUUAAUUUCUGAUUAAUUAAUUUCCUCAUUUUUUAAGAAUAUUAAUUGACAAUAAACACAAGAUACAUUUUAUUCUAAUGAAUAUUCGCAAACUUCAGUACAGAUUUUUUAAACAAUGAACUGUAUUAUUAUGAUUCAUAGUUUAUACUGUAUUAAUCGAAUCUCAAAAUUACUACCACCCUAUUUUGGUGAUUGAACAGGGUUCUUAUGUAUGUGUCAAAUUGUGAAUUCUUUAUAUGUUUUAUUUGUUAUUAUUUAUACAGUAUCAACAUAAUUGUUUUAAAUCCUAAAUGUAGCGAGGAAUGCAUUGGUUUUAUUAUGUGUUUUUUUUUUUUAAUACUGCGUUAAAUUCAGUGUCAGCUCUAGUCAUUUUUUGUAUUACUUUUUCAUUUAAAAUUUUAAAAAUUAAAACCACCAAAGGGGACCUUGAUAUAAAAAAUUAAAACAUUUUGCAUUUAACUAACAACAAUUAAAUUUCCAUUGUUUCUUUAACAAUUAAAAAUUUAAAAAUAAUAAUAAAAAAUGUUAUAUAUAUAUAUAUAUAUAUUUUAAGAUCAAAAAAUUAAGUAAUUAAGUAGUUCUAACGCUUAUAUUGAAAUGAAAAUUGUAGAAUAAUUUAUGUUUAAGUUUAGUCUGAAAUAUCUUAAAACAAUACAACACAAUAUUUAUACUUAUUAUAUAAAUCAAUUAAGAUAAAUUUCAUGUGCCUGUUUCAUAGUGAAACUUAAAUGUAUUUCAGAGUGAUUUAUAUGAAUGUUUCAUAAUCAUGCAAGUCAUUUUCAAUGUUGGCAUGGCAUUAGUUUUGGCUAAUAUAAAUGCUCUAAAAUUAAUGAAAAUUGUAAAUUUUUGGUUUUUUUUUUUAUAAAUAUAUUUAUUGUAUUGAAAACCGUUCUGCCAUUUUUACUUUAAUCAAUACAGUUUUAUUUCUUGGUACAAUGUUUGCAAAAUGAAACAGACACAUCAUUAUUUAAAUUAUCUAUUGACUAUAUCAUAAAAGUUAUAGCGUUAUUAUAAUACUAUUCAAGUGUGUUUACGUGAUUACUAUAGAAAAGUGCAUGGUCAAUGACACUACUGCGAAGAAAGUAGAAAAAUAUUAUACUAUAAUAUAUUAUUAUAUAUUUAAAUCAAAUAAAGAAAGAAUCUAAUGUACCUAUACUAUAACUUGUUGUACAAUAAUUAUAUACUGUUGUAAAAAUAAAUAAUUAUUAUCAUAAAAUGUCUAAAUAACUAUUGUUCUAUGUAUUUUUUUUCUGUAUAUUCAACCUAAAAUUGUAUAUUCAUUAAUUGUUUUUUGUUGAUUAGGUUAUUUUUUAAUGUAGACAUUUUUAUAAAACUUACAAUAAUAACCUUGUACAUAGUGCAAAAUUGAAAACAACAAUUGGAAUGUUGAUUAACUAAUAUCAGAAUUUCAUAAUUGUCUCAGUCUUAUAUUCAACUUAUUAUCCACACUACCCACAGAGUAUGUUAGUCACAUUGCAAUAUGUUUAUAAGUAUAUAAUGUAAUUUUUUUAUCAUAAUCCAGCUAUUGUUCUCACAAAUUUUGAGUAAAAAUAAUUUUUGGUUUUUUCACAUAUUUUUCUGUCACAAAAUUAUUUUAUUAUCUUAAUUUCAAAAUGUAUUAUUUUUCUGCGAUUUACUAAUGCAUAUUGAAUUUGAUUUUUUAACCAAAAGAAAAUUUUACUAAAAAUUAACUUAAAUUGGAUAUACUGUUCAUAAGUCAAAACUGUUUAAAAUUUAAACCUGUGAAGUAAAGAAGAGUUAUCAUCUAAAAAUGAGUAUAACAUUUAUUAUAACCUAACCUAACCUUUCUCUAUAUCCCAAAGGUGUUAAAUUGUUAUAACUCAUAAACUAAACAUAAAUAUUAGUGCCAUGCAUACCAGAUAUUUUAGUUAAUAUUCUCAUUUCAAAUUUGUACUGUAAAUAAUGGAGUUUAAUUAACUUGAAAAUUAAGUUUUUUUGAUGAAUGAAUAAGAUAAUAUUUUGUAAAUAUUGUUAAUAAGAUAAGAUCAUUAAAUAAUGAUUAAAAAAACUAAAAUUUAUUUUACUCGAAAUCUGUAUAGAUAAUCACUGGAUUACAAUAAAAAAAAUUCCCUGUGAUUCAUUAAGUGGGUACAUUCAUUAUCUCGGAAAGUAGUAACUUGUUUCAGAAUAAGUUUUCUAGAACAUUUAAAAAACAAGUAGCUUUACAAUUUUAUAUUUAUGUUAUUUUUUUGUCACUCCUAUUUUUUGAGGUUAAGUAUCUAUCUUUUGAAUUUCAAAUGGUAACCUAUACUAAACAUUACAUAAAUAGAUGGAGUAUUAGUUAAAAUAAAUGUUAGUGUUGAUAUUUUUAAUUUCUGUCAAGCCAUUUCUGAGGUAUUCCACUUUUUAAAUGCAAAUUUGAAGGUAAUGGAGAGUAGUGCAUUAUUAACAUGCCGUGCCGUGUCGCCAUACAAAUGAUACUCCACUAUUUUCCUCCAACCCAUACUUAAAAGUAGAAUAUCUUAUCAACGGCUUAACAAAAAUCAAAAAUGUCAACACUAAAAUUUAUUUUAACUAAUACUCCAUCUAUUUAAGCAAUUUUUAAUAUAGGUUUCCAUUUUAAAAUCAAAAGUAGGUAAUGAUUACCCCCUAAAAUAAGGGUGACAAAAAAUAACGAAUAUACAAUUGUAGAGCAGCUUAUUUCUUAAAUCUGAAAAAAGUUAAUACUUUCUGAAAUAUUGAGUGUACUCACUUAAACGAAUCACCUAGUUUACACAAAUAAAUUGAAUGUAUAAUAAACCUUUUGGUACUAUGGUGUUUAGUGUAUAUGACUAUUCAAGUAGAUUUAUUAUCUUUUUUAGAAUAAACACUUACAAUUUCAUAUUUAGAUAAAUAUUAACAUUGUAAUUGAUCAUUUUUAUCAACAUUUAUAUUUAAAAUUGUAAAUUUGACAUAAAUCAAUAGUUUUGACUUGAAUUUAUUAGAUAAAACAGAUAUUCAACAUAGGUACAAAUAAUAAUUUUCUAAAAAAAAAAAAAUAAUAACAAUAUAGUAAAAUGAUUGUAGUAUGUUUUAAGACUGAAGUAUAAUGAGUACCUGUUUUAAACUUAAAUGUUAUUAAGAUGUGUGAAUUUUGAUACAUAUUAGUAAAUAUUAUUUUUAUGAAACAAUUUAGUGAAUCAAAAUGGAGCAGAGCUAACACAGUACAAAUACUUCUUACACUAAAUACAUCAGAAAUUUGUUUAGAAAUUAUUAGCAAAUGAAGCAGUGUUAUUAAGUGUAUACUUGAGUCUAGAACAGAGAUCAAUUAAAGAAGUAAGAAGA